UCAGGUUAAUUCUGACGUGUACUUGUUUUCCGAAGACCUCAUUGGGUACUCAACAAGUAGGAGAGAUGGAGCUGUGGUGGUGUCUGACUCUGCUUUUGCCCUUAAUAUCUCAAGUGUUUGCGCAAAGUGUACACAGAAGGUUCGAAUACAAAUACAGCUUCAAAGGGCCGUACCUAGCGCAGAAGGACAACCUGGUUCCCUUCUGGCAAUAUAGUGGAAAUGCAAUUGCCAGCGAGGAGAGUGUCCGAAUCACACCAUCCCUACGAAGUCAAAAAGGUCAAAUAUGGACUAAAAACCCCACUAAUUUUGAGUGGUGGGAGGUAGACUUCGUUUUCCGUGUAACUGGCCGAGGAAGAAUUGGUGCAGAUGGAUUGGCAUUUUGGUUUACAUCAGCUCCUGGUGUCGAAGGCCCAGUCUUUGGAAGCUCAGAUAAGUGGAAUGGUCUGGGUGUUUUCUUUGAUUCAUUUGACAAUGACAACAAGAGGAAUAAUCCAUACAUCAUGGCCAUGGUCAAUGAUGGUACAAUUGUAUAUGAUCAUGAACAUGAUGGUGCCAGUCAACAGCUGGGUGGAUGUUUAAGAGAUUUUCGUAAUAAGCCUUUCCCAGUCCGUGCACGGAUAGAGUAUUACAAGAAUGUUCUAACUGUAAAAACACAGCUCCUUGAAUAUGAUUAUACAAAAAUGCCAGAGGAGGGGUCAUAUGAAUCUGAUACCCAAACUACUGAAGAACCGCAGCCUGUUGAUUCUCUUCUGACACCACCAGCACCCCUUUAUCAAAGCACCACCACAGUCUCUCCCACAUAUGAUGAAUAUGUAACGACUACACAAUCUCCCGACGAUAUUUAUACGACAACAGAUUAUUCAUUCUUCGGUUAUGAAGCAACAACUACAGUUCAGUCAGAGGUUGAAUAUAGCACUACUGCCUUGCCCGAAGAAGUAUAUCCAUCCAUCACACAUGAUGGACCUGAUUCAAAUAGUGCUUUUGUUGAGCCUUUUCAUGACACUGCAGAGGAUGAAAUGGCUACAGGUUGGGGUUGGUUUGAAACCACAGCAGAACCCACAACUACUGUUCCAACUACAAUGAAAUCCGAGAAAUUGAGGCGAAGGAAAAAACAGAGGAGGAGCAGGAGGAGGAAGGGAAAGAAGAGGGUUGGGAGCAGUCUCCCUGUGCUCAUGGUUCAUAAUGGAAUGACCAACAAUGAUAAAGAUUACGAGAUUUGCAUGAGGGCGGAAAAUGUACGCCUUCCUGCAUCUGGAUACUUUGGAGUUUCUGCAGCUACAGGAGGAUUAGCUGAUGAUCAUGACGUACUUAAAUUAUUGGUAUCAUCUCUGCGUUCACCUGAAGAGAUGGCGCUUCUCCAAACCAAUCAAGAGGAGGAAGAGAAAUUCCGCAAGGAGUUCCAAGAGUAUCAAGAGAAAACCAAGAGAGCUAGAGAAGAAUAUGUUGCACAAAAUCCUGAUGCUGCGAGAAAAGAUACAGAGGAGGAGUAUGAAACAGGAGAGCAGAGAGAGCUUCGUAAUAUUUACCAGGGCCAAAGUCAGAUUCAUGAAACUAUACGAGCUCUGUAUAUUAAAAUGGAUGAAAUAAUAGGUCGGCAGGAGCGGACUUUAGGCCUUGUAUCAGCCGUGCAUACUGGAAUGGGAGGAGGACAAGUUGCUCCAACAGGCCAGGUGCCUCCACCCCAGGUUGGAGCUCUGCCCACAGAUGGCAUGAAACGACAUGAAAUUGAUGCAAUUCUCAACAAUCAGAGAGACAUAGUUCAAACAGCAAGAGAUAUUAAGAAUUUUGUAACAGAAAUUCAUCAAAAGAGUAAUCAGCUGAUAACCAAUAGUCAGAAACCACAGGGAUCUGUGCAGCCAGUUGGUUAUGAUCUACAUGUCACAUUAAAUGAAAUGAAAGAAGGCCUGAAUAUUGUCAAGCGGGAUGUUUCAUCAGCCAAUCAAAGAUUAAAUGCAGUACCAGUAGGUGGUGGACAGGGUUGCCCAGCUGUUAGUUGUGUCUCCACAGGCAUUUUCAUCACUUGUAUGGUGAUUCAAGUUGUUUUACUCAUUGGAUAUAUUAUUUACAGAGAUAACAAAGAAGCCCAGGCUAAGAAGUUCUACUGAUUUCAUACACAGCAGAUAGAAAAUACACAGUACUUGAUCUCAGGCAUUUCAAUUGUAUUUUGCCUAAAGGUAUUUUGGAAUUUACAUGGGAGGGUCAUUAGGCUUUUGUUUUGGUUUUUAAAUUGUAAGGGUGUUUUAUAUAGUACAGUAGUGUAUUUUGUUGUUACUGAUCUGAAAGUGAGAUUAAUUUAGCAAAACUAAAUUUUACUAUAGUCUUCCUUGAUAAAUAGUUUAGCUCUUGUCAGAUAGAUGCUAGCAUAGAGCAGUCUAAGCGCACAUGAAAAUGGUUAUUGGACUUGAGAAGUUUCAGAAAUUUUAUUCCGAGACUUAAUUUUUACAGUACAGUAUAUGUAUAUACUGUAAAUAUUUGUAUGCAUACAUGCAGUAGAGGCAUUUUGAGUCCUACAGGUACAGAGUCGAUCCAAAUGUAGUAACACCUGUUAAGUCAAAUGUUUGGUUAUGUUUUUACUAUUUAAACACCUGAAAAAUUAUUUCGAUAUGUGGGAUAAAACUUAAUUUUAUAUUUUAGUAUUAUUUUGGAUAAUUGUCAGGGUAGUUUUAUGUGGCUUGCAGUAUAUUAUGUUUUACCACAAAAAGUAUUUUGAUUAUCAAGCAGCAAAGUAGAUUUCAGGUUAACUGGUGUUCAUUGUCAUCAGGCAGGUAAAAUUUUUCAUUGAAUGUUGCUUGAGAGUAGUUGAUGACUUGUUUCACAGAUGUAGUCAUAUUUCUUUUUAAAGAAUCAAAGUAUGAAUGUUGUUAUUGAUACUGUAUAUAGCAGAGUUGAAGUUUUGUACUACUAAAAGACUUGACAUAUUUGUAUAGAGAUGCUUGGAA